AUGUUUAAUGAAUUCUUUUUAAUUUUAAAAGUAAAAAAAAAGUUUUUUAUAAAAAAUAAAAAAAAAAAGAGCCCUUAUUCAAAAAUGCCUAAAAAAAUAAUCGAAUUAAAGCCAAAUAAUAGAAUUGUUUGGGAUUAUAAUAGAUCAAAAGCUCCUUAUAAGUUAACUGGAUUUCAUUUAUUGGAUGGAGUAAGUGUAUAUGAAUAUUUCGCUGAUGAAAUCACUUUAAUUAAACUGAAAGAAUUUCUAGGGUAAAGAAUAUUUCAAGCACGUUUUUAAGACGAAUAUGAAGUAAUAGCUUAAGUAGGAAAAGGCAAUUAUGCAAGAGUAUUAACAUAUUUUUAUUUUAUUUUAAAAAAUUAUUAUGAAGUAAAAUGUUUUGAAAAAUAAAAAUUAUAAUCAUUAGAUAAAGGGAUGCUUUCUUUGCAUAAUGAACUAAAAAUUAUGCGAGAUUUACGUAAUCAUCCUAAUGUAAUAAAGUUAUUUGAUGUAUAUGAGGGUGAACAUACAUUUUAUUUCUUAAUGGAAUUAGUAGAAGGCGUAUCACUAUAUGAAGAAAUAAAAAAACAUUCAUAAACACCAUUCAAAGAUCAUGAAAUAAAAGAAAUAAUUCUCAUGUUAUUAAAAGGAAUAGCCUAUUGUUCCUAAAAGAACAUUAUGCAUAGAGAUAUAAAGCCAGAAAAUCUUCUGUUUGGAUAAAAAGGAAAUACAAAUAUAUUAAAAAUAGUAGAUUUUGGUUUAGCCGCAUAUCAAGAUGAAGAUCCUUAUAUAUUUCCAAAAUGUGGAACUCCAGGAUUUGUAGCCCCAGAAAUAGCAAAUUUAGAAGAUAAAACUAAGCCUUAUUCAGUUGUUUGUGAUAUGUUUUCUAUUGGAGUUAUUUUUCAUAUAUUAUUAACUGGUGAAGCGGUUUUUCCAGCUCGCUUCUACAGAAAUAUAGGCCAAUUAAGAGAAUUUUAAUGA